UCCGUUCCUCCUUCCCUCCCUGCCGCGCCGGCGAGACCGCGAGAGCGGCGCCCGCCCCGCCAGGGCGAGGGAAGGAGGCGCAGCCCGCGGGCAGGAAGCUGGAUGAGGACGAGUGUGCGGGCAAGGCAGCCCCUUGGGCAUGAAGGGGACCGCGGGGACGCUGCCGUGCCCUGCAGCCGAGCGGGGACGCCAGGAAGACAGCUGCCUUCAGAUGGUACAGAACUCACUGACAGUUGCUCUUGCCUCAGUCCUGCUUCAUGAGAACUUCAGAAGUUACUAACUGAGUGAUAUUUGGCCAGACCUAAAAUAUCUUCCACUCCAGAUCUGAAAGUAGUGGAAAAGUUAGACAAUUCUCUCUUGGAAAGAGACCGAUUGUAGUUUAUUCACAAGUCCACAUUGUUUCAAAUCUCCAAGCAGAUGGUACGUGAACAAUAUACAACAACGACACCAGGCACGAGCCUAGAGAGGCCGAAGAAUGAAUAUAUCUACAAAAUCGGAAUUUAUGGCUGGAGAAAGCGUUGUCUCUACCUGUUUGUUCUCCUCCUGCUUAUCAUCCUAGUUGUGAAUUUUUCUUUGACAAUUUGGAUUCUUAAAGUGAUGUGGUUUUCCCCAACUGGAAUGGGACACCUGCGUGUUACAAAAGAAGGCCUUCGACUGGAAGGGGAAUCUGAAUUCUUAUUCCCUCUUUAUGCCAAAGAAAUCCAUUCGAGAGUGGACUCAUCACUGCUUCUCCAAUCUACUCACAAUGUGACUGUAAAUGCUCGCAAUUCAAAUGGAGAAGUCACAGGCAGGCUAAAUGUGGGUCCUAAAAUGGUAGAAUUCCACAGUCAGCAAUUUCAGAUCAACUCAAAGGAUGGAAAGCCACUUUUCACAGUGGAUGAAAAUGAAGUUGUAAUUGGCACAGAUAAGCUUCGAGUCACAGGGCCUGAAGGAGCACUUUUUGAACAUUCUGUAGAAACACCACUUGUGAAAGCAGAAGCUUUUAAACAGCUUAGGCUGGAAUCACCAACUCGAUCUUUGAGCAUGGAUGCACCACGAGGAAUUAAUAUCAAAGCACAAGCUGGGAAUAUUGAAGCUCUUUCCCAGAUGGAUAUCAAACUACACAGCAGUGAUGGCGUGCUUUUACUCGAUGCUGAAACCGUGCGACUGCCCAAGCUGCCUGAGGGUGCAAGGGGUGGAUCCGGGAUUUCUCAGGGGCUCUAUGAAAUCUGCGUGUGUCCAGAUGGAAAGCUCUACUUGUCAGUGGCCGGCGUGGGCUCCACUUGCCAAGAAUACAGCCGAGUCUGCCAGUGAGGCACCCGGAGAGGGCCCCUUGCGCAUCUGAGUUUUGUAUUACCCCUGAAGAGCAUCGCUGAAAUGAAAGCAUAUUUUUCAGCAUUUUAAAAACAAAGUACUUACAAUUUAGGAAACAAAUCUGCAUCUAUAAUUCUGGAAUACAGGGUGUAAGGGGAAGAAGAAGAGCACAAAUGACAUUUCCACUUCAGAUGAAUGACUUGAAUCAAAUUACAUGUUUUGUCAGUAACACUUGGAAAACAGCCUUACAGAGAGCAUAAAAAAAUAAAACAAAUGUUUCCUUGCUGAACUAUUAUUCAGUCAGAUGAUUAUGUCAUUGUUCACAUUUCUGAGAUCGUGGGUUUUUCCUCUCACUACAUGCAAACACUUACUGUAUUAGUGGGUGAAAUUAAAUUGAGGGAACUACUUGAAUUAUUUGUAAGACAAAGCAUUAUUUGGAGAAUUCAGAAAGUGCCAGCAAAUGGUCUAUGCAAUUUUGUUCUUGCAAUAACACAAGAUAGAAAAGUGUGGUAUUUGUAUAAGUUCUGUAUAAAAGAUGUUAAUUUGCUAUUCGCUUUCUAUUUUAAUUUGGCAACACAUAUGCUGAUUUGCUUCUUACUGAGAUUCAUAUAAAAAUAACUAAAGCAAAAAGCUCCAGAAGCCAUGAAGGCCUCUCUGUGUCUCAAAUCCAUUCACUAUACAACAGAGAAAUAUGUUAGUAUAUUUUAUAAUAGCAAUUGUUUGUUCUACUGCCUGUACCAUCAUAUUCAUUUAAAUCCUUUUUUAUUUUAGGACAUGCUAAUUCAACAAGGCAAUCUGUUGUGCCAGCUGGACUAGUAAAAAGGAAAAAAAAAUUGGCUUCAGAUUGUCUGACACAAGGAACUAUUUGGGCAGUGGGAAAAAGUCAUUUUAUGCUGCCCACAGAUUUCAAUUAAGAGGAGUAUUUCAUUUCCACCUGCAUAUGUUGACUGGUAUUUCUGAUCCUGUCAGAGUGGGACUCCAUCAAAAACAGAGAGAGUAAAACUGUUAUUAUUUUUUACAUUAGGACUUUGGAUAUGAAUAAAUGCUCACCAGAGCUGACAAACCGUUUAUUGGCCUUGUAAAGAAACACAACUGCAGACCCAUUCCCCUGUACAGAAUUGCACUGAACACAAAUAAAUUGUUUGCACACCUCUGGGUAGCAAGA